AUGGCUACACCAACCGCCUCUGGAGCCGUGGUAACCAGCACAGUGGCCACCGCCUCCACCUCCGACUUCUACAACUACAACCCCACCAAAACUGGUGCCUCAAUCGUCGCAAUCUUGUUUGUUGUCGUAUCCUUAACCCACCUCAUCAAAGUCUUCCGCCACCGAGCAUGGUUCUUCUUCCCUAUGAUCGUCGGCGGUGUUUUGGAAUGCAUUGGCUACGUCGCGCGCGUCAAAUCGGCACAGGAGACUCCAGACUGGACUGAAGGUCCCUAUAUCGUGCAAGCCCUGACGAUUUUGGUGGCACCGGCACUCGUGGCGGCCACGAUUUAUAUGAUUCUAGGGAGGAUCAUUCUGGCGACUGAUGGAGAGACGUUCAGUCUAGUUAGGAAGAAAUGGUUGACUAAGAUCUUUGUGUGUGGAGACGUGCUGAGCUUUUUCGUGUUGGCCGGAGGGAGCGCUCUCCUCGCAUCCAAAAAGGAGUCUCUUCUCAAAUUAGGACAGAACCUAAUCCUAGUCGGCCUUUUCAUCCAGAUCGUCUUCUUCGGGCUCUUCAUUGUGGUCUCGUAUCUUUUCCACACCCGAAUCCAUCGGAACCCUACACCAAUCUCACUCUCCCCAAAUUUGAACUGGCAACAAGCGCUGUACGUAUUGUAUGCUGCGAGUCUGCUUGUUAUGGUCAGAAGCGUGGUGAGGGUGAUAGAGUACAUCCAGGGGACUGAUGGAUAUAUUUUGAGUCACGAGGUGUUUUUGUAUGUUUUCGACGCCGCCUUGAUGUUUAUUGCCAUUGCAAUUUUUGUCCUCUGGCAUCCAAGUCCCAUGUUGGGGUUGGAUAAGCGUGGAAAGAAGGGGGACUCGGAAUGGUAUCCGUUGGGUGGCACGGCCAGGCCUUGA